AUGGCAAACGACGACGGAAAGAAUGAAAUUCAAUUACUUGAAACAAUACUUUAUGGUCCAUCUUCUGGAUUAUUUUUAAUCGACCGGCAUAUUAAUCGACUUUUACGAUCUGCAACAUUUUUUGAAUCUCGAAAAGAUAAGAAUGAGAAUGAAAAGAUGCCAUUCGAUUUCGUACAGAAUGCUGAGGAAUUUAAGAAGAUUUUAUUGGGAGAAAUCGAUAAGUGCGUGGAAAAGAUUGGAAGGGGAAUUAGGCAAAGGGUUAGAGUGGUUGUUGAUGUAGAUGGAAUUCCGACGGUGACCAGUAGCGCAUUCGAAUCAAAACCAAGCAACUCGACAAUUAAAGUAAAGUUGGAUACAGAACCUACAAAUUCUGAGAAUAUUCUUCUGAUGCAUAAAACUACUAAUCGUAAAGUAUACGAUGAUGCUAGGAAGAGAGUCGGUAUUGAUCAAAACAGCAACAAUAAUGAUAUAUUUGAUGUGAUUCUAUACAACGAGAAUUCGGAAAUAACCGAAUGUUCAAUCGCAAAUAUUGCAAUUGAGAUUUACGAUGAUAAGACUAAUAAGGUAAAAUGGAAAACUCCUAGAAUCGAGUGCGGUCUUUUACCGGGUGUAAUGAGAGAAUAUUUACUUGAGACGAGAAAAGAAGAGUUUUUUGAGGGGGUUGUGUCAAUUGAAGAUUUGACAAGAACUCAAAAGGUAAUGUUUGAUGGCAACGGUUAA